UUCACAAUUCAACGUGCCACUUUUAAUACCAUUUUCGGCAGUGCAGCAGAGGAGAACGGAACAGUCUUAAGCUUAAAUUUAUAGUGAAUUUCGCGGGUUCGGUAAAGUCACGAAAUCAAAGACUUUUUAUUUUAAUCAGUAAUAAACUAAAAAUAAUUCCACAAACCCAAAAGUCCGGGCAUGCAUAACGAAAUGCUUAUGCCUUCUAAAAUGAAAACCAAAAAGAAGUAUCCUGUGCCAUUUUUAAAAGCAGUAUUGUUAUUUCUUUAUGUGAUCCUACUAAGGAAAUGUGAAGAUGUUAUUGCACAACCCUACAAACAACAACGCUGUUCGAGUCGCUUAGAAAAUGCCUUAGAGCACAUGCGUCGCCGUAGCAUACCAGCGAAAAGUUCAAGAUCAUUCUCUGGUGAAACUCCAUACACACUGUAUCAAACAUUCUACGGUCAAAAUAGUGAACCAGAAGAUGACUUUUACUCUGGUGGCGAUCGAGGUUAUUAUGCAAAAAAUAUUCAGCGUCAACCUCAAAGCGAGUCGCCGGCAUACAUGGGAAGAUUCAAUAAUUUGUUCUCCACAGACUACUCGUAUAAUAGAAGGCAACCACAUAAACUAGCGGCUGUCUCCAGCGUAGACGUCGAGGAUUUGAGAGUGCGUCUGCCGUCGAAAUCGACUAGUGCGCGUUGGGUUGAGGUAGAUAAAUGUAGAUUCAGUACACAAAACUCAACGUUGGACACGCGUCUCAUAUUCCCCGAUUUGACAAUUAGUGGCAAAGUCGUACUACAACCAACUGGUGGUAAAUGUCACAUGAUUUUACGCUUACGUCGAGCCGGUAUUGAAUUUCGUACCAUUCCCAUUGGUUUUGAAAAUGUCGCAAAUGAGGAAUCGCGUCGAAUUGGUGCCGCUUCGGUGCGCACGGAUUCUCAUUUCGCUGAGCCUGGUUUUAUAUCAGUUUUUGCUCACGGAUGUCAGGGUCCCUCAGGUGUGAGAUUGCGGCAAAAUUCAAAGCGUCGAUUUGGUUUUGAAAGUGAAACUGGCACUCAGGGAACAGUGAAACCACCAGCUGUAGAACACUCCGAACCUCAUGUGGUAUUGGGCACUGCCGCUACGCAAACACAAGUAACUGGAUAUCGUUGGCGUAAAUAUUACAAUCCCUAUGCGUAUGAUAUAAGAAGUGAGAAGUACCAAAAAACGAAUCGACGGAGUCAUGACCGUCCCUGGCGUGAAAAUGAACAGUCUAAUGAGAAUUUAUUUUAUGAUACUCGUGAUAAUGUGAAUUUGUAUCGUGCACAGUUCCGCGAAAAACGCGAGAGUAAUCAAUUUCGGCCAGAAAUGAGUAAAACGGAUUGGAGGGAUGAGUUCAUUUUCGAUGAUGACAUACUCAGUAUAUCCGAUGACUUGCAAGACUUAAUAUCUCCAGAUGCUAGAGCUUUUUCAGAUCUUUUCAGCGAUCACUUCGAGCGGGAAAAUGUGCGCGAUCGACAUGAGGUGGGAGACGCUUUCUCAAGUGAAUUGGAGAAGAUUUUUUCAAUGGGUGUACGAGGCUUACUAACUACAUAUAUGCAACGGGCACUUCAACCUGCUAUUAAGGAAACAUUAAUGGAAAAUAUGGGUUACACCUUGAGUUAUGGCUGAGUGAAGGGAAUGAGAAGUAGAAAUGUAUUUUAACAUUACUAUGGUUCUUAGAUUGUACUUAAUUGAUAUUGCUUUAGAAAAAAAUUAUUUAUAUAAAUUUUGACAUCGUUAUAAAUGUUCUCAUAGUUUGUAAGGGCAUCUAACAAUAAUAAAUUCCUCCUGUUCUCUUUAUUUGGAACAAUUAAUUGAUUAUUUCAUAAAUGGCUGACAAUGAGUGAAAGCUGGGUCUAGAAAUAUGACAUUUUUUAUUAAGAAUGAAUAAAAUAUAGAUAAAUACUACUUUAAAAAAUAAAGUUUACAAUCUUUUAAAGGUUUCACUCUAUUAACUUAUUCAAUUGCACAAAAGUAUCAAGUCCAUAAUGAGAUUUCUUAGAGAAAUUAUAGAAGCGUUGCUUCCAUUUUUCUCGCACUUAGUAUUUGAAAAUCUUGACUUACUACGUUUGCACUCUUAUCCUCCAACAUAUAUACAUAUAUUGUUCAGAAAAUGUCUAUAUCUAAUUAAUUUUAUGUGCGCAGAUCAGGUUUAAAUAUGAUAAGCAAUUUUCGUUUGAAAUGUAAGCUUUAAU